ACUGGCAGACUCCACUCCGUUGCAUUAAACUCGUUAUUGUGUAGAUAGUAUCUGGCAGAUACUCACUCUUUGUUUUUAUGCGAAUUAAGUCAAAAGCGUCCGAGGCCUAGGCUAAUAAACAAGUGCAAAAAUAAGCGUCAAGCUGUAAUAAGUGAUAAAUUCAGUUUUUUGGUUAAUACACCAAAUUGAAUAGAAUUUAACGCUAAAAGAUUUAAGCGCGAGUAUUCCCCCUUCCACUGGCCCAAGCUCACACCUUAAAACUUGUUUUGAGUUUGGCCACCAGAGCGAACUGUAUACAUACAAACAUAUGUAAAAGUCUUCAGAAAUUCCAACUCUAACAACUAAAAUAGCGCUGCAUAACACUUGCAUUGCCAGGUGAAGUUAUUUAAAUGAUCUAAUUGGAACCUGGUAACAAAAUAAAGCGCUUCAAAAUGGCGCUGUGCAGUAUGCCGGGCAGGGGGAGCAAUAAUCGAGACCGGAUCCGGGAUCCACGCGAGGAGAUCCUGCUCGAGACGAACUUCGAGGACGACGGCGGCGUCCUGACGCGGGCCUACAACGGCAAUCCGUACAAUGCGACCGGAAUUCAGAAUCGUCGCCGGAAUUCCUAUCGCUCGGAUCACUCCUUGGACAGGUACACAGAGCGCGGAGGCGAAGGAGACUGCUGUCAAUCAUGCAUGGCCCGUAUUCCCUACGCCACCCUGAUCGCCACCCUCAUGUGCCUCCUGGGAGUGGGCAUCUUUUGCUUCACCAUGUACCGAGGGGCUUCGCUUACCGUCAUAAUGGUGGAUCAAGUGUUUCACCUGCGCCUGAUAUGGAUCGAGGCCGUUCAGAUGAUCUUCGUCAUAAUUGGAGCCGGCAUGGCAGCCCUGGGAUUUAUGAUUCUGUUUGUUGGGUUCCUGGCAACAGGUGCCACCCGAUAUAAGGUCUAUAGGGCGUGGAGAUCCCGUGUGGGAGGACGAAUCUCGUGCGCCGUGCUCAUGGGCAUAACCUAUCUGCUCAACUUUGUAUGGAGUCUGAUCCUAUGCUUCCUGGUUGUGGUUACCUUCAUAUACACCAUGUUCUGGAACAUGUGUUCGAGUGUGGAGCACUCUCAAAGUUGCAUUGAUUUGACCCAAUUUCAUUUCAUGUUCCCUCCAAACACCAAACUCGAGGAUAUGAAGGUGUGCGAAAAAUACGAGAUCAAGGCUUUCUGCAAAGACGGAGUUGAAAACGCUGAAGUCAUGUUCAUAUUGGCCACUCUAUCUGCGCUCCUGGUCAUCCUCAGUCUGGUCCACUACCUGAUGUGCCUGUCUGCCAACUAUGCGCAUAUCCGGGACCAUGAAAAGUUCCAGGAACUGCAGGAAAUCCAGAACCUCAACGAGCUGGAGUACAGUGCGACGUCGAAGGACCGCUUCUAGGACAUAUUUCAGAAGAUUCAAUUUGAGCUUAAGGACAAGUCGAGCGCUAUUUGAGACAUCGAACCGAAAACUAAACUCCAUCGAAAACCGACAAGCUAUAGUUAAGACUUUAUGUUUAGACCUAAGAUUAAAGAUUAUUUUGCAUGAUUGCUUGUUCAUUUAAUGCGUUAUUUGCUUUAUAAUUAAUUUAUGCUCCUGCAUCCGCACAAACAUCACCGAAAACUGCCAAACCAUUAGCGCUUUUCACAUGCCUUUGUACUUUCACUUAUAUUAGUUUUCCGUCCAUUACAUUAAGUUAGCAUACCUUCACCUUAGUUAAUCACUCGCUCUUCUGUUUGUUAUCAUCUUACCAACAAUAAAUACACACAAACUUGAAAGACAAAUAAUGCUUAUGCUCAAAUUGAUUCUUCUGAAUUGCUUAAUGCAUCUUCUUAUAAAUACAACGACGUUAGUUAAUCGAAAUAAUAUAUAUAUAUAUUAUGUACAGUGUAAUCCAUCCAAGCAUGAUUACCUUUAAUAAUAUCUGUACAAGAAAUUGCUCUUAAAUGUGUAUAUUUCACUAUUGCGUCUAGCAUUGUAAAGCAAUACGAAUCCUGCCGAAGUAUUUCUAUCUGGGCGGAAGUAGCAUUUUUAUAUAAAAAACAAAUAGAUUUAAAAGUUUUAAUAUCAAUCGAUUGAAGUAAAUAUAGGUCCGUAUAUUUAUCUUGUAUUUAAUAUAUAUACAUCUAUCUCUAAUAUAAUGCUAAUAUAUUUUAUACCACACUUUUCUAACCUAUAUCUAUACAAAAAAGUAGGAGCAAGUGUUUACACUUAGGCAUCUAAGCACUUUAAUAAAGAUCUAUAAAACCAA